AUCAACUACUGGCACGAGGAAGAGCAAAUGACCGACUGGAAAGAUUUUAUCCGGCACGAGGGCCAGGUUGACAAGGGCCUGGUGAUUGGGUUGAAGAGUGACAACUUCUACUACUUCACCAUCCAGGUGUACAACUCGGCAGGGUUGGGGCCAAUGUCCGAGUACUUCUUCCAGGAGACCUUGCAUUACCCUGCAGCACAGUAUCCUGAGGAGAUCCGAGUGUACUCGGCCAGCGGACAUCAUGUAGAGGUCUGGUGGAGGGGCAUCCAUAUCUCCCAGCCUGAGGGAAACAUCUAUGGGUUUGUGAUCUACUAUUGGCCUGCAAAUGAAAACUACAGGACAGCCUGCCAACAUGUGGUGCAUGACCACCACGCUCACCACGCUCACAUAGAUGUUGAGCCUGGUGUGGUCUACGCUCUCCGUGUCUCUGCCUUCGGGGAAGGAGGCUAUGGGAAGAAGUCCCUCACUACUUACUUUACCUUAG